GGCCCUGAAGAUCUCGGGCCGGAGUCCAGGGGUGGUGGAGGGGUCCAGGACAGCAUCCCAAACACAGUGACCAGUGGCCAAGGACCGGAGGUUAAGAGCUGCCUCUCUAGCGGAGGUCAGGCCCCUGAGCACUGGGUCAUCUGCUGCUGGGGUGAGGGUCCCAGCCUCCUUGUGUUCUCUUAUCUCAGUACCAAGUGGAGCCACAGAGAAGGAGCAACAGAAGCAAGAAACAUCAGACCCUGAAAGGUGAGUGUCCGCCACUCACCCCUGCAUACCCCAGUUACACUGUGGCCCCCGCUCUGAAGGCCCAGUCCCACUGUCUCCAGGACACCAGGGCCUGAGCCCAUCCCUCAGGAAACAGAGCCCUGGGUGGGGGUUGGGGACUCUGAGGAGGGAGAGUGAACCCGGAGGCUUCCCAGAUUCUGCACCAGAACAAAGCCCUGAGGGGCUGGAAACGGGUAUCGCUCACCAGGGGCCCCAGGGCCUGGACUGGGGGCGGGACCUCCCGCUCCCACUGUGGACAAGCUGUUCAACUCUGCUUAGAUUCUUCUGGAGGCUAAGUGGUCCUUCCUCCCCCAGCAAAGUCAUGAACAAGGAAGCACUUUGGAAAAGACAAAGUGAUCCCCAUCAUGAAUCCUGUAAUCACCAUUUGGGCAUGUGGCCUUGAACAGUGCUGUUUGGGGCUCCCGAGUCCAAUCCCCCAAAGGUCUCCCCUAAAGAGACAUUGUACCCAGCCUCCCAUAAGAUCCCUGGACCCCGCCUUCUGCUGUGACCCAGUCUCCUGUUUUCAGGUUUCAGAAAAUUUCUGGAUUAUCUCAAAGAGUUUCAAGACCUGUUCUCCCUCCUGCAAAGGUAAAGAAUCUGCCCCCUUCUCCCCUGGGUGGGCCUCCCCGAGUCUAUGGUGUGACCCCUGGGCUGCAGGGAACAGCCUCUGGGGCUGUUCAGGGGGGCUGGGCGGAGCAGUGGGGACAGACUGUGACCAAAGCCCCAGGCUGAGGGACAGCAGGAGCAUUGUGAUGUGGGUGUGGGGCGUGGAGGGCUCUGGGGACCGCUCCCAGCCCCAACUGCUACAGCAGCAGCUCGCACCUCCUGUCUCUCACAGCUGCCUGGUGAGGCUCUCUGACCAGGGGGGCUUUCACCGCUUCUUACAUCAAGCAGCCCCUGGGCAGGUGCGCCGAGGGGUGCCAGCUGGAGCCCAUCAGCCAUGCAGGGAGCUUGUGGAAGAUGCUGCUCCCACCGUGGCCCCAUCACCUGCCCUAACUCCAUUGACGGGGUCCCCUCGGCCUCUGGCCUCCACCCUGCCAGCGGGACCAAUGACCUCAAUUUCUGUUGCUUCACACUCCUCCCUGAGUACUUCCUGGCUAGCGGAGCCUUUCCUCCCCCCGGAUGGCUUUUCACACCAGCCACUUGCUCUUCCCCCUUCCCCGCCAUGUCUCCCUCCUUCGGAGGCCUCUCCUGGGCCUCUGAAAGCCUCCUUGGCCCCAGAGCAGCCGGACUCUCCUUUGACUCUCCCUCAGUGUGACUCAAGGGCACCCCCACCAUGCCCCAUCCCACAGAGUCCGGCUCCACACACACCUUGGCCAGCUGACAGGUCAGCUUCUCCUGUCCCAGCCAUCUUGGGCCUGGGCCGCUCACGCUGCCCCAUUUCGGCCCUGUCCUGGUGGCAGGCGCCUGCCAAUGCCUGGAACCUGUCCACCUCAACAUGCUUGGAGUCCCAUCAAGCGCCUCUGUCCCAUGGCCCACCAGAGGCCUUGUUCUGGGGAGACCCCACACACAGACAGGAAGAGACUAGCAUUCCCCCUUCCAUCAACCCGGAUGUCCAGAAGCUUCUGGAGAUACUCACUGCCAAGAGAAAAGAACUGAAGUUUUGGAGGGAGAAGGAAAAGAAAGAAAGGUCAAAAUACCAGCUGACCUCUUUCGGGAGAACGUUCAAGUCCCCAGGUGAUGGGCAGGACACCAUGGGCUGCCCGUCCUUCUGGAGCAUGAGUGACAAAGCAAAACAGCUGCUCGGUCCUGACAAGCCCCCACGUCCCAAGAUUCCAAGGGACAAUUUGGAGCAGAAAUGCCUCCAGCUCUUCUGGGGUCUCCCCUUUCUGCACAGCGAGUCCCUGAUGGCCACUGUCAGGGUGACCGAUCCCCCACUGGAGUUCCCCUCUGUCAUAUUCAAUGAGCUCUCUCAUGCCUUGCCACUCCAGAUUCAGGGCAAUGUGGCUCCACGCCUCUCCCUGACCCACGACUUACUUGACCCUUUGGCCCGGCCCCAAUCCUUGACCCUGAGAUUGUCCCAGUCCCUGCCCCUGCCUCUGGCUCAGCCCCAGCCCCUCCCUCUGACUCAGCCUCAGCCCCUCCCUCUGGAUCAGCCUCAGCUCCCACCUCUAACUGAGCCCCAGACCCAGGCAAGCCUUGCACCCUCUGUCCCAGUGGGACCCUCUUCUCUACCACCGGAGAUGGGUAGCUGCGAGGUGUCUUGCCCUGUAGCCCAGAAGACAUGGUCUUACAUGUCAUCUGCUGUUCAAAACCUGGAAUGUCACUUUCUGGAGAAGCAACUAGAAAGGGGCAAGUUACCCCCUGUGGUGAAAAGAUCUCAGGAAGUCUUUAGCCAAGGUCCUCCUGACCUUCCCCAGGGUGGCCAAGCCCCCGAGGGCCACAGGUCAGUCUCUGUCCUUCCUGGAGAAUUGAUCGACUCUGAGCUCUGUGAGCAACCAGACUGGCACCUUUGGGAGAGGCUCAUGAAGCAAGAAAGGGACCCUUCCUGCAGGGUCCACCUGAACAUACAGCCUCACCAAGAGUUCCAGAAGGUGCCCCAGGCACACAGCUGGCACAGUCCCACAUCUGAGUCUGAGUCUACGGAUGGAAGCUGCCAGGCCACACAGAAGACUGGGUCCAGGUACCCAGGAAGGACCGUGCCAGGAAAAAGACUGGGCAAGGAUUCAAGGUCCAGUGCAGGGAGGAUCUGGAAAGAUCUACACAGGGGCGCAACAGGCUCUCCAGAGAAGGCUCCAGGAAGAAAUCGUGAGGAGUCAGACACAGACUUGAAGCCCUCCACAAGCAGCACAGAAAAGAAGCGCCCAGAGAAGGACCUGAGAGCCCAUUUCAGGAAGUUGGGGCAGUUCAGAGAGGGUCAGAUGCCUUUGGAUGUUCAACCUUCCAGGCUCGCUGCCCACCACGCCUCGGACCUUCCCGGAAAGCCAAGCCCUCAUGGGAACCCUGGAAAGCCAGUGCUUUCCAAGUGUUGGGAAUCCUCCCAUGAUUUUUCCAUCCUCAGUCCAUAUGCUCAGCGGAUGCUAGAAGCACAUAUCAUAAGGCUCAGGGUGAAGCACCGGUGGGGCCUCCCCCUCAAGGUUCUCAAGACUAUAAACCUCUUCAAGUUGAAGAAGGGCUUCCUCCUCUCCCAGUCCUUCCCACCCCGCUCAGCAACCUGCAUAUCCAAGGCUGGCUCAGGCACCAAGUUCUUGGGAAAUCCUCCUCAGCCCUAUCAAGGAGAGGUGAUGAAAGAGUCUUACCCCCCCUGGGGGGGGGCCCUCGGUGUUCCCCAGCCUACGUGUGAGGAAAUCCAGCAGGCUCUGGAAGGGUCCUCACCUGGGGGUGGCCCUCUGGCUGGACAGGGGGCCAGUCCACCUUCUCGGACCUCCAUAUACGGCUUUGUGGGUAGAAUCUGGCACAGUGAAACUCCCUCUAGGACUCUUAUGAACAGCAACUUGGAGUCAAGUCCAAGUCCAGCAAUGGCCACAAAGGAGCCAAGGAGGGUCAAUGGGGGUCAGGUCUCACGGGAUGUGACCGUGCUAGAGCUGAACUUAGAGGCCCAGGAUUUGAGUGCCAAAGAGCCCGGGGAGGUGGGAGAGGUCAAGGAGACCCCUGCCUGGGGAGUCACCUUAGAACCCCGUGUGCUGGCCAACAACCAAGGCCUCCGUGGCAAGGGGAGAAGAUCAGGGUCUUCAGGGAAAAGUGACAGCCCCCUGCAACAUACACAGUUGGUCGCCCGAGACCCCAAAGAGCUAUGCCUUGAGGCAUGGCACAGGAGAUCAGAGCCCCGGAAGUUGAUGGAGUCAGAGAACCAGCCUUGUGAUCCCACCCCCACCAUGUUCCUCCAAGACUGUGAAACUGGGGUCCUCCUUCAAGACUGUGCGACUGAGCGUCUCCUUCAAGACUGUCAGUCCAACAUGUUCAUCGCUGCCGACAUCUUGGCUUCUCAGGGAUCUCUGUCUGGCUUCCAGAGCGGGUCCAGUGAAGACACAUCUACUUCCCAGGUGGUGCAUGGCCAAAGAUCCCAUGGCCAGAGCCCCUACAGGCAGCCAGGACACCUGGGACUGCAGCACCAAUGUAAGAGCCCGAGCAGGUCACGGAUCACCCCCAAGGAGAGAGAGAGCUCCAGGAGGUCCCCCUCGAGAGCGCCUGCCAAAGAGCUGUCCGAACUGAAGCUCCUCCAGAUCAGUGAGGUGAAACACCCAGUCCAGAGCAAGGAGUCAGGAGAAGCCUCGGGAAGCAAGGCCUGUGAGAUCUUGCUGAAGAAGGAAGAGGCGCCGCCGGAAAGCUACUUCAGGAGAAGGAUGACGCACUUGUUCCAGUGGUUCUUUCCCAGUAGAGGCAGAGGACUGGAAGAUUCCCUUCAAAAGGGCAAGCCUUCAUCAUCCCAGGGCCGGAGACAAGUCAUGGGCAGGUCAGCCAUGGAGAGAGCUUCUGCCGAGGCUCAGGUGGUCGUGAGGGCUGUGGAGCGGAUCCUAGAGGAGAAAAUAUUGCCUUACCAGGGACUCAGGGUCCCGGAGGUCGGCCGGUGCAAAAAGGAUCUCCAGGCUUCGGCAGACCCCAAUGUCUCCUACCACAGGGUUCUCUCUUACCAAGAGCAGAGGAGAGUGAUGAGGGAGACAGCCAGUCCACAGGGCACCCCCAGGGGCCACAACUAUGCCAACAAGACCGAGUGGAUCGGGUGGCCCUUCCCCACCAGGGUGCCAGAGUGCCCAAGCAGACCCUGCCAGAACCGGUCCCUGGUGCCGGGCCCUUCAGGCCGCACCCUGCAGGCCCACUGCCCCAGGCACUGCCUCCUUCAAAGAGACAUUUCACCUGGCCAGCCACUGUGUGCUUCUCAUGCCUUUCCUGGCAGGACAAAUUUCCUCCAAGAAAAAACGCAAACGGUGCAGAGAAAAUAUUUUUUUUCUCACAUUAGCACAUCUUCUAUGGGCUAAUAUCUUCU